GAUUUAAAAAAAAAAAAAAAAAAAGUGGAUAAGAAAAAGAAAUCUGAAAAACAAAGACAAAGGGCCUCUCUCUCGCGUCAUCUCAUCCCAGAGAGACUAGUGACUAGUCUAGGCGGGCGCCGAUAUGGCCGUAUCCUUAGCAAACUGCUGCUUCUCCCUCCUCAAUGCCUCCGUUAAACUUCAGUCCUCCUCCCUCUCUCCCCCUUCCUAUUUCGUUGCCGCAUCGCAGUCCCCUCGACCUUCCAAUCGGAAAUCCUCGAGGUCUGAUUCGUUCAAUCCUGAGAGCCAGAGGAAGAAUCAUCCUGGUGGUAUAGUUCGCGAUGAGAUUCUGCACGGCGGUGCUCCUCAUCAAACUAUGGCAUUCAAGGCCUUUGGUUCCCCCAAAAAGGAUAAAAAAGAUGCUCCUCUUUCUCGCGACCAACAGACUGAUCCUGCCAAGAUUCACGAUGCAUCCUUUCUCAAUGCCGUUGUCAAGGUUUAUUGCACUCAUACUGCCCCUGAUUACUCCCUCCCAUGGCAGAAGCAACGACAAUUUACUAGCACUGGCAGUGCUUUUAUGAUCGGAGAUGGCAAGCUCUUGACCAAUGCUCACUGUGUCGAGCAUGACACCCAGGUUAAAGUUAAGAGAAGGGGAGAUGACAGAAAGUAUGUGGCUAAGGUUUUAGUUAGAGGUGUGGACUGUGAUAUAGCUUUGCUCUCAGUUGAAAGCGAGGAUUUCUGGAAAGGGGCUGAACCUCUACGCCUUGGCCAUUUACCCCGCCUUCAGGAUUCUGUAACUGUCGUGGGAUAUCCUCUUGGAGGAGAUACAAUCUCUGUUACAAAAGGGGUUGUAUCACGUAUAGAGGUAACAUCAUAUGCUCAUGGAUCAUCCGACUUGCUUGGAAUUCAAAUCGACGCUGCAAUAAAUCCAGGGAAUAGUGGUGGCCCUGCAUUCAAUGACCAGGGGGAGUGUAUUGGAGUAGCAUUUCAGGUUUACAGAUCCGAAGAAACUGAAAAUAUUGGUUAUGUGAUUCCAACAACAGUUGUUUCUCACUUUUUGACUGACUAUGAGAGGAACGGAAAGUACACGGGUUACCCUUGCCUUGGAGUAUUGCUGCAAAAAUUGGAGAAUCCAGCUCUGCGGGAGUGCCUCAAAGUUCCUACGAAUGAGGGGGUGCUGGUGCGAAGAGUUGAGCCUACAUCUGAUGCAAGUAAAGUCCUGAAAGAGGGAGAUGUGAUUGUAAGUUUUGAUGAUCUACACGUGGGAUGUGAAGGAACUGUACCCUUCCGAUCCAGUGAACGCAUAGCAUUCCGUUAUCUCAUCAGUCAAAAAUUUGCAGGUGAUAUCGCUGAGCUUGGUAUCAUUAGAGCAGGAGAACAUAAGAAAGUUCAAGUAGCUCUAAGGCCACGAGUCCACCUGGUACCUUACCAUAUUGAUGGAGGGCAGCCAUCAUACAUUAUAGUUGCUGGUUUGGUGUUUACUCCGCUCUCAGAACCCUUGAUAGAGGAGGAGUGCGAGGACACCAUAGGAUUGAAAUUAUUAACAAAGGCGCGCUACUCCGUGGCAAGGUUCAGAGGAGAACAAAUCGUCAUCCUAUCACAGGUCUUGGCAAAUGAAGUAAACAUCGGCUAUGAGGACAUGAAUAACCAGCAGGUCCUAAAGUUCAAUGGAAUUCCUAUAAGAAACAUCCAUCAUUUGGCACACCUCAUUGACAUGUGCAAAGAUAAAUAUCUAGUUUUUGAGUUCGAAGACAACUACGUCGCUGUUUUGGAGAGAGAAGCUUCAAAUUCUGCUUCCUUGUGCAUCCUUAAAGAUUAUGGAAUUCCCUCAGAAAGAUCUGCGGAUCUGCUCGAGCCAUAUGUAGAUCCGAUAGAUGACAACCAAGCUCUAGACCAAGGUAUUGGAGACAGUCCUGUGUCAAAUCUGGAAAUCGGCUUUGAUGGACUGGUGUGGGCAUAAAUUGUUAAAAAAAGGCGUCCGCAUAUGGAAACCACUGAAAGCUCACACAGCUUCCCAGAACAUAUGGGAAAGCUCUCAGCUUCAUCCUCGUUCAUAAAUUCGUGAGGUGUUCCAAGUAUAGUGAAUUCUUUCUUCUUUCUUCAAUCCUCUAGGGAUUGAGUUUAAUAGAAAGUUGGCCAUAAGAAUGCUCAGCCAUUGUGUUCAGAUGAGUGUACUGACCAAAGUCAACAAAUGAUUCAACAUCCGAUUUUGAUGAUAGAUGAAAUGCAGCAAUGUCUACUGUAAUAUUUUCCAGUGAAUCAUUGCUUCCGGUUUUUACCA